AUGAACGACAACGACACCAAGCCUGCCGAGGUCGACGUCGUCGUCCAGCCUCGAGCCACAGCCCCAGCCUCCCAAUUGGGGAGUAUCGACGUGAUCGAACCGCUCACCGACCAUGCGGACGAGGCACUACGCUUCGUCGAGAAGCAUGAAGGAUUCAGCUAUACGGUCGAAGAGGACAAGGCGGUGCUCAAGAAAAUCGACCGUCAUUUGAUGCCAUUGUUGUUCGUGUCGUAUCUGUUCCAAUAUAUGGACAAGAGCAUCAUGGCCCAAAGUCUGGUGUACGGGCUUCGAGAGGACCUGGGGCUCAAGGGGCAGGAAUAUUCGUGGUGCGGAUCCAUCUUCUUCUUCGGCUACUUGGCAGUCCAACCCUUCAGCGGGCUAGUGAUGCACCGACUCCCGCUCGGGCGAUUCGUGACGGUGAUCUCGCUAGCAUGGGCGGUGGUGGUAUUCUGCACGGCCGGAGCCAGCAACUUCUCCGGGCUGAUGGCGGCGCGGUUCUUCCUAGGCGUGGCCGAGGGCUGCAUCUCGCCGGCGUACGUGCUGGUGACGGGGAUGUGGUACAAGAAAGACGAGAUCCCGCGGCGCACGACCAUCUGGUUCGCGGCCAACGGGCUAGCCAUCAUCCUGCAGGCCGUCAUCUCCUACGGCAUCGGCCACAUCCGCCACACGGGCGUGGCCACGUGGAAAUGGUUCUUCAUCAUCUUCGGCCUGGCCGGCCUGGUGCUGUCGGUCUUCCUGUUCGUCUUCAUGCCCGACAGCCCGCUGACCGCCAAGUUCCUCGACGACCACGAGAAGAUGGUCGCCAUCGAACGCCUGCGAGAUAACCGUACCGGCGUCGCCAACCGCGAGUUCAAACGCUACCAGUUCGUCGAGGCUCUCAAGGACCCGUUGGCUUACUAUAAUUUCUUCCAUGUGAUUUUAGUCGCUGUUCCGAACAGUGGAGUGACUUUUUUCGGCACGCUCAUCAUCAAGAAUUUCGGCUACGACUCGUUCAUCAGCUCUCUCCUCAUGAUGCCCUACGGAGCAGUCAUGCUGAUCGUGCUCCCGGCCGCGGGCUACAUCACAUCGAAAUACCCCAACACGCGAUGCAUCAACCAAUUCUGCACCUCGUUCCCCGCCAUCAUCGGCGCCGCGCUCGUCUACUAUCUCGCAUCCGACAACCAGGCGGGCCGACUGGCCGGGUUCUACAUGACGGCGGCGUCGAACGCCGCGCUGCCGCUGCAGUUGUCGUUGUUGAACUCCAACACGGCCGGCCACACCAAGCGGUCCAUCACCAAUGCGAUCCUGUUCCUGGGCUACGCUGUCGGCUUCAUCAUCGGCCCGCAGUUCUUCCUGACGUCGCAGGCGCCGAAAUACCCCAUGGGCUUCGAGACCAUGUUGAUCACCUUCGCCCUGCUGACUGUCUUCCCGGUCGGCUUGUACCUCUACUUGACUUGGCUGAAUCGGAAGAAGGACGCCGCGCUGAUUCGGGCGGGGGGGGAGGUCGUCUAUACUCACAACGAGGAGUUUUUGGAUCUGACGGAUAGGGAGCAGUUGCAUUUCCGGUAUUCAAAGUGA